AUGCGUCACACUCCAACUUACUCAGUGUUCGGUUUGGAAGAACCCGAAACAAUGAGUUAUGCGUUAGUUAAAGAUCUCAAAAGAAACAAUACAACAAUGUUAACUUGGACUUGGAAAAGACACUUUUGGGGCAUAGUGCCAGGAGAACGGAGUUGGUUGAAAUCGAAAGAUAUUGAUUUUCAUUGCAAAAUAAUUUUCGAGCCUGACUCGACUGCAUUAUUAGAGAAUCAAUCAUCACGGAAAAGAUUUGCAACUGCACUUCAUUCUUAUAUGUGUGAAGUAUUCCGGGUUGAACCAGAAAUGCAAUUCAAAUUGUCUCUGGAUUAUAUGGAUGAACUGCCGUAUACGAAUACGGUCAGAGAUGUUACUCUGUUUGACACAUCUGUAAAUUCAAACAUGGUUGAUGAAUUUUUGGAAAGAUUCCAAGUAACUCGAGUACUUUUCUCUAAAACUCCCUGGCUCGAUGGUUCAAAACUGCUUCGAUGGAAUUUUGAAAAUUUGGUAGUUAGCGAUACCGGACUCUGGGAGAAUGAUUUAAUCAAUUUUGUGAACGUUUGGUUGAAUGGAAACAAUACAAAACUACACACAUUUUUCCACUUAGUUAGUGGACGUCUAAAUAAUGUCGCAAUUGUGGAUCAGUUUGAAUUGGAACCAUGGAACCCUGAAGUAGACCAACUUGAGUAUAAAUUGCCAGUACGCGAUUAUUGUAGACUUAUACUUGCUGAAAUUGACAGAACAGAAAUGGGAAGAACUGGAGUUCUCGUGCGGCAGAGUGAUGGAUUGCGUGCAGUACUUCGAGCUUCAAUGGACUAUUUUCUUUUUCACGUAUUGCAUGAUUAG